GUGUGACCAAGCUGGAUAACGAAAUCAUUAUUGAUCAUUAUCUUGUCACAAAGGUUGACUUAUCAUUGAUGUCUUUACUUUAUGCUUUCCACGGAUGAUGAGAGAAGAAUGUGUCAUGGAAGAUAUAUCUGGAGGAGGGUUCAUACCCUGAUGGUUAGUGAGGCUCGAAGAAGGGAAAGCAUAAAGCCAGCAAAAGCCAAUAUAGCAGAACACAGGAGAGGACCCUUUUCCUCCUCCUUUCCUCCUCAAUGGUCCAAGUGGUCCGACCUCCCACGCCUUAUCGCAUCUACCCUUUGCCCCUCCAAUCUUUCCAUCACUAACCUUGGUCACAUCCAACCCAACUUGUUGCGUGCCCUCUCUUCCACUUUAACAAAAGCUAAAAGAUUCCAUGGACAAUCAAACCAACCACCUUCCAACCCUUCUCUCUCUCUCUCUCUCUCUCGCUCUCGCCUCUAUAUAGGUAAUUAACUCGGUCCUCUGCCUUCUCAUGGAGAUACAAUAACUUGCACCGUAUAGAACUCCCCUGGCUACCAUCUUCUUUAACUUGUAAACGUUGAGAGCGAGCUCUCCACCGGAUGCCAUCACUGACAGAGACACCAGGAGUGAUGUCACUGCUCCGGCACGCCACCGAAGGCCGCCGGUCCAAAACGGGCGGCGGAGGGGUCUUCAAAAUGUUCAAGCUGCUCCCCAUGUUGAGCUCUGGUUGCAAGAUGGUGGCGCUGUUGGGCAGGCCCAGCAAGACAUUGCUGGCCGACAAGGCGAUCGCGAUCACCUUCUUCGGGUACCGGCGGGGAAGGGUCAGCCUGGCCAUCCAGGAGGAUCCGAGGUCACCUCCCUUCUUCCUCAUCGAGCUGCCCAUGCUCACCAGCUCUCUCCACAAGGAGAUGGCCUCCGGCUUGGUCAAGAUCGCGCUGGAGAGCGAGACCCGGACCAUCAAGAAGAAGCUGGUGGAGGAGUACGUGUGGGCCGUGUACUGCAACGGCCGGAAGUCGGGGUACUCGAUAAGGCGGAAGCAGGUGUCCGACGAGGAGCGGCACGUAAUGCAGCUGCUGAGGGGGGUGUCGAUGGGCGCCGGCGUCCUGCCCUGCCUCUCCGAGAAGGACGCGGCCGACGGGGAGUUGACGUACAUGAGGGCGCGGUUCGAGAGGGUGGUCGGAUCCAAGGACUCGGAGUCGCUGUACAUGAUCAACCCUGAUGGAUCCGGCGGGGCUGAGCUGAGCAUCUUCCUCGUGAGGUUGAAGUGAAGAGAGAGCUCGUCUCGGCUUUGUGUGCUUCUGUAUAUAUUCCCUUCUCACUCCUAAUCUUCCAUCUUUUUGCUCGAUUGGGUUGUCUCUGGUAUAACAAAUCAAACAUAAACCUCGAAUAACUUGUGAUUUAAAUGGUGGAAUUCCUCAGAGAAUCACGUUUGAGUCCAUUGCGACCUUCAUAAUUGGAUGGAACUGCAAACCCCUCCAUCCACCACUUCAAUACCAUGCCUACUACUUCUCUUGUGCAGUGAUCAACACGAAACAUUGGAGUUACUACUCCCUUUUCUCCCUUAAUCUUCUCUUCCAUCUUGCACCCAUUAAUUGACUAUAUCUUGACUGACUUCAAAAAC